UGGGAACUCUUUGACUACUCUUUUCCUUUCCUGCCAUUAUUGCCUUAUCCAAAAUCCCGUCCAUCCAAAUUCCUCAAAUUGAAAAACCCUUUCCUUUGAUCUUCUCUUAUCAGUAUUUCAUUGAUUCUUGUUUCAUUUUCUGGGACCUUUUUUCACACAAUUCAUGAGAAAAUGUUCUUACAAGCUGUAGUUAGAAUGGAUUCCAUAAAACCCACAAAAACGCAGAGUAGUUUCACACCAUCGAAUUCUUUGCUUAUUAAAUCAACUUGCAGAACCAAUUUUCAUAGUCACUUUUAUAACAGAAAUAAACCUUUCGCAAUAGUAUCAGAAAUUAAAAAAGUUUUUAAAGAACUUAAGAACAAUAAACCCAUAUCUAAGAAAAUAAUACUUUCUGAAGGAGCUCCAUCAAUAUCAGAAGAAGAAAAUGUUAAUGGAAAUAAACAAGUCAAUUCAAGUUUAGUUGGAAAUCCAGUUUUUAAGUACUUUAAAAGAGUGCCCAGAAAGGUUUUGUCUAUUCUUUCUAAUCUACCUUUAGCUAUUGGUGAAAUGUUCACCAUUGCUGCUCUCAUGGCUCUGGGAACUGCCAUUGAUCAAGGAGAAGCCCCAGAAUAUUAUUUUAAGCAGUACCCUGAAGAUAAUCCUGUCUUGGGGAUAUUUACAUGGAGAUGGGUUCUUGGCCUUGGAUUCGAUCACAUGUUUUCGUCUCCUAUUUUUCUUGGAAUGUUGGUUCUCUUGGGAGCUUCGCUCAUGGCAUGCACUUACACAACACAAAUUCCCUUAGUAAGAGUUGCAAGAAGAUGGGGUUUCAUGCACUCAGCAGAGGCCAUUCGUAAACAGGAAGUUACUGAUAAUCUUCCUCAAGCAUCUGUUCGAGACCUAGGUGUCAUUCUCAUGGGAGCUGGAUAUGAGGUGUUCCUAAAAGGACCAACUUUGUAUGCAUUCAAAGGGUUGGCUGGGCGCUUUGCUCCCAUUGGAGUACAUAUAGCAAUGCUGUUAAUAAUGGCAGGAGGUACUCUCAGUGCUACAGGAAGCUUCCGCGGCUCUGUGACCGUUCCACAAGGACUAAACUUUGUGAUGGGUGAUGUUCUGGGUCCAAAUGGAUUUUUGUCUAAGCCAACACCAGCAUUCAACACGGAAGUUCAUGUCAACAAAUUCAUCAUGGAGUACUAUAACAGUGGGGAGAUUUCACAGUAUCGCACUGAUUUAUCCCUAUUUGACCUUGACGGGAAGGAGGUCAUGAGAAAAACCAUUAGUGUGAACGACCCGUUGAGAUAUGACGGGAUAACUAUAUACCAGACAGAUUGGAGUAUUUCAGCUCUUCAAGUACUUAAGAACGACGAAGGACCUUUCAAUUUGGCAGUGGCACGUCUGAAGCUGAAUGGAGACAAAAAGCUUUUCGGAACCUUUCUACCAACUGGAGGAAAUGCUGAUGCUCCUGAUGUAAAGGGAAUAUCAAUGCUUGCACGUGAUCUUCAGUCAAUUAUUUUGUACGACGAAGAAGGGAAGUUUGUAGGAGUUCGGCGGCCAAACUCAAAGCUUCCUAUUGAUAUCAAUGGUACCAAAGUUGAAAUUGUGGAUGCAAUUGGUAGUACUGGUCUGGAUCUAAAGACUGACCCAGGGGUGCCUAUUGUGUAUGCUGGUUUUGGUGCUCUUAUGCUUACAACCUGCAUUAGUUAUCUAUCACAUUCACAGAUAUGGGCCUUGCAAGAUGGUACAACUGUGGUCGUCGGAGGAAAGAGUAACCGUGCGAAAAUUGAAUUUCCUGAAGAGAUGAAUCGCUUGCUCGAUCAAGUCCCAGAAAUUAUAAAUUCACCAGCUCCACAACAAUCAUAGAAGUAAUCAGCGGCAAAAUUUCAGUAUUCUUCUUAAGAUGGUUAGUAUAGUUAGCUUUGCUUUGGAAGUCCGAUUGAGCUUAUUUCGUCAGAACCAUUCCUUCUGUCAUUCCAAAGCUACAAUGGUACCAGAAAGUCCCAACAGUGAAUUAGGGAAACAAUUUGGAUCUAUAGUGAGCUUUCUAGUGUUUCCUCUCCCACUGAACCAUCAAUGAGCUUUGUAAACCUGACAGAUUAUAUCAGGUAAAAUUGAAAAAGGUUAUACUAAUAAUUAAGUAAACCUGACUGAUUAUAUCAGGUGAAAAUGAAAAAGGUCGUAUCAUAGUAUACUAAAUCGGGGUGAUGAAUAAAGCGAUACCAGCUUGUACUUGGAUUAUUACA